AUGAGGCUUGCAAUUGAGAAGGUGUUAUAUGGUACAAGACAUCGUUUGUGCAUGUGGCAUAUUAUGAGCAAGUUGUUUGAGAAAAUACCUAAAUCUAUUUCUGAUAGAGAAAAGUUUAGUAAGGAGUUUAAAGCUUGUGUUUGGUCAGAAUUGUUAUAUCCAGAUGAGUUUGACAUAUUAUGGACUGAUAUUGUUGAAAAAUAUGGUGUGGAAGAUCAUAAAUGGUUUAAGGACAUGUUUGCUGUUAGACAUAUGUGGAUCCCAGCCUACUUUAGAGAUGUUCCUAUGGGUUCUUUAAUGAGAACAACAUCUUUUUCAGAAUCUGAAAACAGUUUUUUUAAGAGGUACUCGAAACCGUUGUUUAAUUUUGCUGACUUCACUCUUCAGUAUAACAAUGCCAUUGAAGCUCAAAAGAAUCAAACUGAAAGGCUUGACUAUUAUGAUUCUGUAAUCUCUCCAAAAUAUGCCACUGAUUUAGCAUUUGAGAAGCAAUUGGCAUCUGUAUACACGAAUAUGAUGUUUAGAGUGGUACAAGAAUUGAUUUCUGAGGCUGAUAAGAGUUGUCAGAUGAUUAGCAUGUCCACUUUGGAGAACAUCGAGGUCUUUAAAGUUUCUGAUGCUAGAAAGAAGACCUUCACAGUUACACAUGAGAAAGAGACCGAGUCAUUUGAUUGUGAGUGUAAACUCUUUGAAAGGUGUGGUUAUCUAUGCAGCCACCUUUUCUUCGUCCUCAGAAACAAAGAUGUCAACAAUAUUCCAGAGAAGUAUGUUGGUAACCGGUGGCUGAAAAGUGAAUUAUUGAAGGCAGUUCAUGAUCUCACGAGUGAUGAAAGUGCGUCUGGCCAAGGUUAUAACGAAGAUGACAAGCUACAGAUUGGUAACAGGUGUCGUGAACGUUACUUUGUUGAUAAAAAUGAUUCCAUCAAGAAUAUAUAUGGUAUUGCUGUACCUGAAGAAAUAACUGCACGUGCUCUAGAUGUGGUUAGUACAAAGGGAGGUGCAAGUGACAAGAAAAGCAGGAUUAAGUCGAGCAUAGAGAAAGCAAUUGAAAAAGCAAGUAAACUUCAUAGGCAUUGUGGAAAGUGUCAUAAAGUGACUGAUCAUAAUGCCAGGAGUUGUGGCAGAAAGUAG